AAUCGUCGUUUCAUCCAAUUUUUCUUUUAACGUCACCGAUGACAGUCCAAUCAAAACAGCCUCCAGCUUUAUCAUUCAUCGUCGCCAUCUCUACUGCUACACACACCUUUAAUUAAAAAUAAAAAUAAAACAUCAUAACAGGUUAAUCAUCAAUCUUUUUCCGUUACAAUCAUCCAUUUUUCUUUGCGGAGAUUAAUUCAUCUAAUCUCAGCUGAUUUCUUAGGGUUCUUAGUUCAACUGAAUAAAUAAAAGAAGGGGAUAAUCAUAUAUGGCGGAUAAAACGUGUCUCAUGCGGCUUCAGAAGGAGUAUAGAGCACUAUGUAAAGAGCCCGUGCCUCAUGUUGUUGCCCGUCCUUCCCCAAAAGACAUCCUUGAAUGGCAUUAUGUGUUGGAGGGAAGUGAAGGGACACCUUUUGCAGGUGGAUGCUAUUAUGGGAAGAUUAAGUUUCCUCCUGAUUAUCCUUACAGUCCUCCUGGAAUCACCAUGAUCACACCCAAUGGACGUUUCAUGACUCAAAAGAAAAUAUGCUUAUCCAUGAGUGAUUUUCACCCGGAAACUUGGAACCCUAUGUGGUCUGUAUCAAGCAUCCUUACAGGGCUUCUUUCCUUUAUGGUGGACAACAGUCCUACUACAGGCAGCGUGAACACUACUGCCGCCGAGAAGCUACGUCUAGCAAAGGCCUCUCUAGCUUUCAAUUGUAAAAACCCAACUUUCAAAAAGUUGUUUCCAGAGUAUGUGGACAAGUAUAACCAGCAGCAGUCUGAGCAGAUUUUGUCAGAUCAAGUUUCAGCUAAAUUGUCACAAGACGACAAAUCCAAACCUACAUCGGAAAAAGCUGACAAUUCCUUGGGAGAAGAUGCGAAAAAAGAUGCACAGAAGGAUGCAAGAAGAAACAGAAAACAAACAUUCCCAACCUGGCUGAUGCUCUUGCUUGUUUCCGCCUUUGGUGUCGUAAUGGCUUUGCCUCUGCUUCAACUUUGAUACACAAAGACCGGAAAUGAAGAUUAUGAGAGUCGUUAGGGGACAUUGAAGGUUAUGAUAGUGUCAGAACUUGUGGUGGUAGGGAUUUGCAGUGUCGGAACUUGUAUAGAGGUUAAUGCUCAAAGAGGCUCACUUGGGGUCUUAUUAUUGGCUGUUUGUUAGAUAAUGCCAAAAAAUUACAUGCUUUGUGAGAUUUAUUUCUUAGAUCUAAUUGAAGAAAUUAUGUGUGGUAACUGGUAA